AUGGCUACACUACAACUUGCAUCCUGGGCUACCAAUCUGACAUAUAGCAGCCUCACUAGCAGUGUGCUUGCAGCUGCUAACAAAUCCUUCUUCAACUGGGCUGGAUGCGCAAUCGGCGGCUUUCCUUUCCAGGCUGCACCGCAGAUUGCACUCAACGUCACACUCUCUGCGUUCUCAGGGCCGCCAACGUCUUCGAUUCUGGGCGCAAACGAUUCUACCUCACAAGCUCUUGGGGAUGCUCAAACUGCAGCUCUGAUAAACGGCAUCACCAGCCAUGUUGAUGAUUACGACGAUACGCAUCUUGAAACUAUCAUCCAUCCUGCCGGGCCCGUUGCAAGCGCGCUCUUAGCAGUAGCUGAAGCACAUGGACCUAUCACUGGCCAUGAGUUCAUUACUGCAUUUGUGGCAGGCAUAGAGGCGGAAUGCAAAUUGGGAUUAUCUGUCUCGCCCGAGCACUACGAUGUGGGAUGGCACAUUACUUCCACAACAGGAUCCAUUGGCGCAGCCGUCGGUGUAAGCAAACUUCUCCGGUUGAACACUACGCAUAUGCAACACGCUAUCGGAAUUGCUGCUACCCAAGUGGUGGGGAUGCAAGUGUAUUUCGGAUCGGACACUAAAUCUUUCCAUAUUGGCCGCGCUGCACAAGGCGGUAUUCUAGCUGCGCUGCUCGCAAAGAAUGGCUACACUUCUUCUCUCGAAGCCCUCGAAGCCAAAUAUGGAUGGCUUCAUGUUGUCAGCACGCGGGAAAAUGCAACAGCGUAUUUUGAUCAGCUGGGAAAGAUAUGGGAAAUCGAGAAGAACACCUUUAAACCUUAUCCUUGUGGAAUCGUCAUGCAUCCGACCAUUGAUGCUGCCAUCUACCUCCGCAAUGAGACACUAUUGCGGAGUCGUUCAAUCGAAGACAUCGAUACCGUACAACUUCGUGUCAACCCCGAAGUUCUCAUCCUGACCGGAAAGAAAGAGCCACGGACUGGACUUGAGGGCAAAUUCAGCAUCUACCACGCUGCCGCAGUGGGUCUGGUGUACGGAGAAGCGAGACCUACUCAGUUCACCGAUGGCGUCGUCAAAGACCCAACCGUAAUAAGUGGACGCAAUAAAGUCACUGCAACCGAAGAUGAAGGCGUAUCCCGGUCCGAAGCAUACGUCACUUUGACCUUCAAGGACGGUACAAUACUACAAAAGCACAUCGAGCAUGCCAAGGGAAGUAUUCAGAAUCCACUUACCGAGGAAGAGUUGAAAAAAAAGUUCAUUGAGCAAGUGAGCUUGGCAAUUGGGCCUGAUCGUGCGUUAGGUGCGUAUGCGUCGUUUUCAAACGUGCUGGAAAUGUCCGAUGUCGCGGCCAUUCGACAUACGUAUUAG